AUGUUUGUGUAUAAAUGGCGUAGAACUUGAAAUUUGUCUUCCAUUAAUCUGCAAAGUAUUACUCCCUAGUAAUUGCUGUGUUGAAAUUUCGAGCGGAAAUGGAGGUUCCUCGUCGGAAGGAUGCCGGAGAUGCGCAGGCGCCGAGCGUUGAUACCGACAAGCUGAGCUACGAGAUCUUCUCGAUUCUCGAGAGCAAGUUUCUGUUCGGCUAUGAGGACCAGAAGGUCUGGAUUCCGAAGUCGAUUUCUCCCGCCGCCGUGGAGCUCUGCAGGGAGGAGAUGGUUUCGUCGUCUCCGGCGGUCAAGAGGCAGAGGGGGAGGGUUUGUGUUCUGUCAAUUGACGGCGGCGGAAUGCGGGGAUUUCUCUCCGGGAGGGCUCUGGCUUAUUUGGAACAGGCUCUGAAGCGGAAAUCGGGGGAUCCGGAGGCGCGAAUUGCGGACUACUUCGACGUCGCCGCCGGAUCCGGCGUCGGAGGGAUUUUCACGGCAAUGCUGUUCGGGACGAAGGGGCAGAACCGUCCGCUAUACAAAGCGGAUGACACGUGGAGGUUUUUGGCGGAGAAGGGGGAGAGCAUUUAUUCAUCGUCAAAAGGAAGGAAUUCGAGAAGCGGUGGGAUUUUCCGGCGGAUUUUCCGAUCCAAAGCCGGUUCAGCGACGGCCGGGUUGGAGAAGGCGAUGAAGGAGGCGUUCAGGGACGAUAAAACGGGCCGGAGCUUGACUUUAAAGGACACGCUGAAACCCAUUUUGAUCCCCUGUUACGACCUCAUCAGUACGGCGCCGUUUCUGUUCUCCCGCGCCGACGCGCUGGAGACGGACAGCUUCGAUUUCCGGCUCAGCGACGUCUGCCGCGGGACGACGGCGGAGCCAGUGGUGUUCGAGCCCGUAUCCAUGCGGUCCGUUGACGGGUCGACCCGGUGCGUGGCGGUGGACGGCGGAUUGGCCAUGAGCAACCCGACGGCGGCGGCGAUCACGCACGUCUUGCACAACAAGCAGGAGUUCCCUUCGGUGAGAGGGGUGGAGGACAUUUUGGUCCUUUCAAUCGGGACCGGUCAGCUUCUAGAAGGCAGCUUCGGGUUCGAGGAGGUUAAGGGGUGGAAAGCCAAGGAGUGGGCUCGGCCCAUGGCUCGUAUUUCCGGCGAUUGCUCGGCGGAGCUGGUGGACCACGCCGUCGCCAUGGCUUUCGGCGAUUUCCGCCGCAACAAUUACGUGCGUAUCCAGGCAAGUGGAUCAUCAACGAGCGUUGGUCAUCGUGGGGUAGACUUGGACUGGGAUUCAGGGCCGAAGAACACGAAGUUGAUGGUGGAGAUUGCAGAGGAAAUGCUGAAACAGAAGAAUGUGGAAUCAGUCAUGUUUGGUGGCAAGAUUGUUGGAGAAGAGAGCAAUAUGGAGAAACUGGAGUGGUUUGCUGCACAACUUGUUCAAGAGCAUCUCAUGAGGAGGACUUGAGAGUUGCCCUUUACCUCCUAGCUACUCCUCUCAAACAAUGCCCCCCCCCCCCACCACCCCACCACCCCCCGGUCCCGAAUCAUAAUUAGUGAAGAGAUUAUGAAAAAUCAUGUAAACUUGCACUCGGUAUGUGAUAUUUGUAACGGGAUAUUAGUACGCAUUUCCAGCCAACUAAUGACAAAACAUGGAAUUUGGAUCCGCAAUAACGUAUGGUGCAUCCCCCCCCACCCCCCGCGCAAAAAAACCCAUGAUUAUAUGUUAUAAAGCAUACCAUCCGGA